GAGCCCGGUGCUACCGGCCAGCCGGCGCUGCCGGCGGCCGCGCGGCCCGCGCCCGCCGCGGCUCCGACGGCGGCAGGCGGGGCCGCCGCUGAGGCAGGCGCCCCCCAGAGGCUGGCCGCCUUGGUCCUGCAGGAUAUUGCUGUGCCGCCCGCGCUGAACGCAUCUGACAGCGCGUCUGAGGCCGCGGCGGCUGCACUGGCAGUGCAGACCGCCGCCAUUUUUGCCUACGAAGAGGCGGUGCGCGCAGCCGAGGCGCUUGGCCUGCCCCCCGCGCGCGUCGACGCGGUGUGCGCGGGGGUGCAGGCGGCGACUGAGGAGGCGGUCGGGUGCCGGCGGUUUCUGGGGAUGGAGUAUCCGCGGCUGCGGCGCGCGUGCGCGGCGGGGGCGGUGGAGACGGCGGUGGCGUGGAUGGAGAGGAUGGCGGGCGCGGGCGCCGGCUGUCGUUGA